AUGCGUGUUUGUUGUGUGGAAUUACUUAUACGUGGUUAAGCAGUGAAGCGCCUCCCAGUGCCUCGGUCAUAGAUCUUAAAACCUACUGCAUAUAUGCAGAAUGUAUUUUUGGUUGAGGACGAUCCUAUAGCUGAGGAGGGUCCUUUCACUUGCCCACAGGGCCCCCCUCAACCUCAGUCUUACUUCCCUUUUUUAUAGAUCUCAAUUUGCAUGGAUGCCGGAUCCCGGAACAUGCUAAAAUACUUUGGCAUUAACGUCGCUGGACUUUUUGACUGGAUUCGAAUUUUAUGCUGUUUUGGAAAUAACCUCGCACUUUUCUAAAGAAAACAGACGACAGAACGGCCAGAGAACUGACAUUGACAAUUUUCUUAACCUCUCUUAAAACUCAAAAAGUUGGUGUAAAAACAAAGUACUUAAAUAUUAGAUGUUUGAUCAAACUACGAAUAUGGGCGAUGGAAUCGCCGAAGACCGAAACCACUGUGGAUCAAAUUCGUUGUGCCGUGAUAGAGGAAGAGAUUCUAAAAGCCGGAGUGAUGUGGGAAACCGGUCACCUGUUCAGAUUUGUACUGACACACCAGGGACGUCGGCAUCCACACCGACUUCAUCUAGUGAGGAUGGCCACGAUAAACUUUUAGGAGUCGAUCCGGACUACUGUCGAAGAAUUUUAGUCAGAGACGCCAAGGGCACUAUUCGGGAGAUUGUGCUGCCAAAAGGCCUCGACCUAGACCGACCGAAACGCACGCGGACUUCCUUCACUGCUGAGCAGCUCUAUCGACUCGAGCUCGAGUUCCAGCGAUGUCAGUACGUCGUCGGCCGCGAGCGCACAGAUCUCGCGAGACAGCUGAAUCUUUCAGAAACUCAGGUGAAAGUGUGGUUUCAAAACCGCCGCACCAAACAAAAGAAGGACCAGACAAAAGACACUGACAAACGGACAUCAUCCACCUCUGAAUCACUCGCCACAUGCAACAUUCUGCGCCUACUGGAGCAGGGACGACUCCUGUCUGUUCCUGCACCUCCACCCAAUCCAUUGUUGGCCCACCCUCACCCAGGCAAUGGCUGUCUCCUUGGAAGCUCAUCUGUUUCCACUUCCUCUGUGGUGAGUAGCACCACCACACCUCCUGGGGCUGUGGCAGGCGGUGGUGGGACUUUUGGACUGUCCCUGUCUUCAUUAGGAGGCACUCCGCCCUCUCCGCGUCUGGGGGUGCCACCUCCCUCACUUUGCUUUACCAUGCCUCUUUUGGGGGGUGCCCAUCAUGAACUGCCUUCUGGAUAUGGGUGUGGAUCUUCAGCAUUUGAGCCCUACACAAGAAUAGAGAGGAAAGAUGGUGAGGUAGGUGGUAAGAAGACAGUUUCCUAAAAGUGUUCCCCGCCUGUCCCCAUCUGCCUUUCUCAGGGGUCUCACUUGUGCCGUGUUCAGCCAGGAGUUGUUGGACAGUGUGUAUGUUUGCAAAAACUCAAACAAGUAGAGAAAUAGAGACUAAAGGAUGUUUUUGCCCUAUGUCUUCAUUUUUAUUAUCAAAUUCACCCUCUUUUUGCUGGCCUCUCUUGCGCUAGUGCCUACAACCAAAUGCAUAGAAAAUGGCCAAUUAGGCUCCAACUUUCCUGUAAAGGUGUGGUUAGAAGGAGUUUUCAAGAGACAAAGGAUGAAGCCUUGUAAUUAAGCAUUAAUGUAUUCAGUAUACUUUGUGGUGAAUUUUUGUUCACACAGCUACACGAUUUCGGUCCAUUUAUGAAUUAAAGGUGUAUUCAGUGCAAAUGAUGACAAAAUCUGUAAAUGUAACUGUAAAAGGCAAAUUUACUUCACAACAUAAGUUUAAGUUAUCCAAAUGGGUGUAAAAAGAAAAUGGACGAAAAAAUGAUGUCAGGACGUUAUGUUUGAUCAUAAUUGUGAUACGUUUUUAUGCUGCUCUAAAUUAAGUGACUAUAAUUGUCAACAUGGGAGUGUUUUUGGUGAUAUAAAUGUGGUGUGUCUGCGUGAAAGUAUAAGAAUAGGAGAACUAUCUUUUAUUGUCCUUAGAUAUUACAUUUCAAAAGAAAUAACAAGGUACUGACAAAUUAUUCAAACUGGAGAUUGCUGAUGCUAAACUAUCUAUCCAAUUAGUUAAAUGAAUGUUCCAGAGAACUGAAUUAUUAUUCAUUUAAGCAACUUCAACAUGAGCGUCUGGAGAAUGACCCAGGUCUUCAGAACAGUGCAAUUCCAAAAAUAGAAAUGAAUGAAUGAAUAUAAUGCAUCUAUGUAAUGAAUUACCUUUCAUUUGUAUUUUUUAUCAAGGCCAUACUGUCAUUUUCCAAACCUCUUAAAUAUUUAUUGUCUCUUUAUAGCAUAUUCAAAUCUUAAUUUAAAGCAUCAAUGUCUAUACAUUACCCUCACUGGCUCAGCAACAUUGAGGUUUGCCCCUGGUUAACAUGCUGCGUAUUGACAGAGAGUUGCUUCCAAAAGUAAUUGACAAAAAGGGCUAAAUAUACUGACUUUCACGAUUACCAGUCACUUUGGUUAAUUCAGCACCUGUUUUCAUCCUUUAAGAUCUUAAGCAAUGCUAAAUUACUGAUCAAAUGUUCACAAUAGACUCCGAGCAUGUACAUACAGUACCAUUCAGUAGAGCCACACGAUGGAUGAAUUAUAUUACAGGUUUAGAGGCACA